AUGGAGACCGAGUCUACGGAAGGAUCGCCGUCGCGAUCGUUACGUGUACAGCCCAGCUCUGAAGAUCUUGGGUCCACUUCAGAACCGUUACCUUCAGACAGCGUUCCUAGGUCUGCUCUAGCAGCCGCAACCUUAGUGGCUGCAUCAGCGGCUGCAUCAGCGGCUGCAUCUGCAGCUGAAGCCUCUGCAGCCAUCACCACCGCCAAACAGGGGGCAUUAUCUACACAGAUUUCAGCACCCUAUUCUGGGUUCACAGAGCCCUCCUCUGAUACCAGUCUUCUUGGGGAGCCAUGCGUGGGACCCAGAUUUACACACAAAAUAGGCCAUGGAAGUCUUGGCUUUGAACCUGCCUAUGUUUCCUGUAUUACUGGGGAUCUCUAUACUACAUCUGACCUUAGUUCUAGCCCUGGCCCUAUUCUGGACUCCAGCUCUGGUCCUGGCUAUGACUCUGUCCCUGGUUCUGGGCCUGGCCAUGGCUCUGUCCCUCGUUCUGGUGCAGGUCCUGGCUAUGGCUCUGGCUCUGGGCCUGGCCAUGGUUCUGGCCCUGGCCGUGGCUCUGGCCCUGGCUCCACUUCUGGUCCUGGCCGUGGCUCUGGUCCUGGCUCUGAGUUCAGCCCCCACACCUCUUCAAGGUUCAGAAAUCUUACAGCAGAUCUGGCCCAAAAUUAUACCUCCUGGAGUCACCAUGGUGAAUGGGAGCCUCAGAAACCACCCUGGGAAUUUUUGCACGUCUCAGAACCUGGUUCCCGAGGGCUGUGGAAGCCCCCAGAGGUUAAAGGGAAGCCUAAGGUUUUCAGUGAAACAUUGCCACGGGGCCAGUGCCUCCUCUACAACUGGGAGGAAGAGAGAGCCACCAACCACCUGGAUCAAGUCCCAAGUAUGCAGGAUGGCUCUGAGAGUUUCUUCUUCCGACAUGGACACCAAGGAUUGCUGACCAUGCAACUGCAGUCAUCCAUGUCCUCCAGUACCACCCAGAAAGACUCAUAUCAGCCCCCAGGAAACCCCUACCGGCCACUUCGAGGGAAGCGUGAAGCCAUGCUAGAGAUGCUCCUGCACCAUCAGAUCUGUAAAGAGGUACAGGCAGAGCAGGAAACCACAAGGAAGCUCUUUGAGGUCAAGUCUGUGACACACCAUGACUACCAAAUGGAACUGGUGCAAGCAGGGCCUCCUGCCCCAACAAAAGAGCAGCCUGAAACCUUCUGGAUACAGAGGGCACCACAGCUACCGGGUGUCAGUAACAUCAGGACACUGGACACACCAUUCCGGAAGAACUGCAGCUUCUCAACACCAGUACCCUUGUCUCUGGGGCAGCCUUUGCCCUAUGAAUCUGAGAAUUACCUCCACCAAUUGGGAGGAAUGUCUUCCCUUGCCUGUCAGGGAAGAGGGCAGGGUGGUGGAGCGGGGAGAACAACUCCUGUCUAA